CUAUUAGUACGUCCGUCGCGCUGCUCGAGCAGCUCGUGAUCAGCUGAGCUGACAUCAGUAAACAGUCGUCCAGGCCUUCCUUAGUAUCGCUGAGUUGCACUUCUUUGCCAAACUUUAAAUUGUUCUGUUGACCUGCAUAAGCAUAAACAAGUUCCAAAUGGCCUCUGGAUCUAGAAAGUUUGGCCUAGAUGACAACAAUUCAAAUUUUUCUUUCUUCAAUGAUAACGAUGGGAUGACGAGAGAGUUCCUGAACACAUCCAGUGCUACCUACCUUGCUUCAGAUAAGUUAAUGCCAGGUCCUGAGAUGGAGGCAGCAAGGGAGGCUGAGUUGCGGCGCCAGGAAGUGCUUCGACAAAUGAGAGAUAUAGAAAAUCACACCCUUCAAUCUACCAAAAGCAGCAAAAUAAUGCUGAGUGAGAGUGAAAGAGUUGGGCUGGAAACAGCACAGGAGUUGGUGAAGCAACGGGAGCAGCUUAACAACACAGAACGCAAGCUGGACAACAUUGGGGGUGACCUUAAGGACACUCAGAAAAACAUCAAUGGAAUUAAGAGUGUGUUCAGUAGCCUCAAAACAUGGUGGUCCACCCCUAAACAAGGAACACAGAGUGGCAACUCCCAGAAAGAAUCUCCUACUCAGCCAGCAAGUCCAACAGAUCCUUGUGAUACAGAAGGGGUGCUGAAAAACCCCAACUUGUCAUCAGCUUUUCAGAAGUGUCAAACAUCACUUGCCUCCAGUCAGCAGUCAUCUACCCACCCAGCCCUACAACUUAGAGGGUUUGAUGACGUCGAGGAAGAUGAUACCUUUGUUCGGGACUUCCGUGAAACUUCCAAGAAAGUGAAUUUACAACUCGAUGCAGAUCUUGAUGAAAUCUCUCAAGGCUUGUCUCGCCUCAAGGGUUUGGCAGUGGGUCUUGGUGAAGAGAUUACAGACCAGAAUGAUCUCAUUGACCGUAUCCAUGGGAAAGCUGAGAAAGUAGAAGCCACAAUAGGCUCCCAGAACACCCAGAUGAAGAAAAUUCUGAAGAGGUGAAACUGGAGUUGAAGAAUAUAGUGAUGCUUCAUAUAUUAAGUACAUCAUGUAACCAUUCAUAUAUGCAUACUUCAUGCUGUGAUAUAUAUAUAUAUAUAUAUAUAUAUAUAUAUAUAUAUAUAUAUAUAUAUAUAUAUAUAUAUAUAUAUAUAUAUAUAUAUAUAUAUAUAUAUAUAUAUAUAUAUAUAUGGAUACACAUACAUACAUACAAACAUAUAACCAGCCCAUUCUUUUUUGUUGGACAACAUCCAUAAAAGAAGUAAAAAAUAAAUAGAUAAAAAAUACAAACAAAAUAAGCAACAUUAAAUAAUUGGUUCAAGAAAUAUUUUCAAAUACACUUACCUACUGUUCUAUUCAAACUUAUUUGUAUGCCUUAUAAAUCAUGAAUAAAUUCUCAUCUAUUCUCAUCUUGCUGCGAAUAAGUGUGAUUUUAUGAAGGUUUUCUCUCAUUUCAUGGAUUACUGCCUUAAUGUUAUUCUGUCAAGCUGCAUAUGACAUAUGUUGAUGGUUCACAGGUACUAUCUGAGUGAGCUUAGUCUAAAGAUCACAAAGGUCACAAAUUCUUAGCCAUUGGAACUGGUCAUGUUAAAUUGUAAUGUUUCUUUGAUAUCAUCUCAUAAUUAUUUUGUAGUGAACAUCACAUUAUGGGACCAAAUAAUUCAUGAUGUAGAUUACCAUUCUUAAUCUACCUGUCAAAUCUACCUUGAUGCUUGUUCCUAGAAGUGAUUGAGGCAAACAUCUUCACUUGCACUUGACCAUGCUCUUAAUUCCUGCUCACUCCAGUCCUCUCACUCUCUCACUUUUUUUCUUUUCUUAUACUCCCACACUAUCCUUCCCCUUUAAAAGCAGUUGUCAUAUUCCUAUGUACCUUUCUUAUCAUCUCACUCCCUUUCUCUCUCUCCAGAUAGCCACAAUUCAUUCCAUAUAAUAAUGCACUCCACAUCAGGAAAAUUUUAUUUGCUAACCCUGUGUAACAUUACGAGUAUCCCUUGUAUUUCUUGUGGCAGACAGGUGACUGAUAUACAGUAAAUUGGAUAUGGCAAAAUUCAUCGUGUAGUUAAUGGGAGAACAAAGGCCCCAAAACAAGCUUGGAAGGCGACAAUCAAUAUGGUUAUGAGCACUGUCUUUUUGUUCUCUUGGUCAGGGGGUUCCAUUCCCUGGCCUGAUAAAGCCUUCACUUGCCUCCUGCUCUCAGAUGAGUUCCUCAGUGUUUCAGAUUAACUGUUCAAGAGUUGUAUAACAAGGGCAGCAACUAUAAAGAUUCCUAUUAAUUAAUAUGCAGGAUGUCCUGUGAAGAAAGUCGCAUACUCACAGAAAUGAAAAAUCAAGUAGAAUGAAAGUCAAAUAUUCUAUGGUCAAAUGCUUUAAAUGCCAUGAUUUAGGAAUUACAGGAUAUUUAAAUAUGAACGUGCAUCAAUGGCAAGUGACUACGCAGUCCCAUCCUGCAACAUCCAGCUAAUCACUGUUGACAAAUGGAGUUUAUUGAUUGUUACAAUGAUAUACCAUGUUCUUUAAUUUCAUUUUAUCUUUAUUUAUGAAAAUCUUGAUGUGCAAUCAUAUUAACAUCCUGGAGAAAUCAAAUACCUAAGUGAAUAAAAAGUAACCCUCAAGAUGGCAACACUCACUGUUGCACCCCUCCUGCCCUCCCUCACCCUCACUAACUCCUAGUGUGUUAUCUAAAUGCACUGUAAUGUCUAAACUAAGCCAUGGCACUAAAAGCAUUUGGCCAUAGAAUAAUUCUGACGUAGAAUGACGAUCUUUUAUUUUUGUGAGUAUGUGGUUUUUCUCGUGGGACACCCUGUUUAUUGUGUAAUGGUAAAAAUAAUGUUAUAUGUCUCAGUAUGUCUGGACAACGGUCCAUGUUCUUUAAGUAAAAGUCAUGAGUUGAUAGUUUUAGGGAAAAUGAAACAGCAGAAAUUUAUUUAAAUGGAGAUAGGAAACUAUAUUGAUCAGCUGUACAGAGGCCCCAAAAUGACCUUGGGACCUAACAGUCACCAUUGGGCCCUGAGAUCCCUUGUUCCCUGGUCAGAGGUUUAAUCACUAAGUCCAGUGAAGGCCUCUCAUGGCUAAAGAUUUAUCCCACAUAUAUAUCAGGCAGCUUGAUGCAUAAGAUACCUUUUCUUCCACUUAUGUAUCAAUGACAAAGAUUUCUUCCAUUAUCAUAUAUUAUAAUAAUGUAUGCUGCUGGUAUCAUACACUGCUGUGGAAGUAAAUAACCUCAUGCUUGUGACUCCCUCCUCCCCCACCUUUUUUGUAACCUAAAUUUUGCUUAUUAUAUGUAUGAACAUGUAAAAAAAAAAAAAAAAUUGAUACAAUAUAUUUUAUUGUUUUCAGUUAAUUUUACUGUCUCAGAUUACUUUAAAUUAGUUACCAAUCUGUUAAAAGGAAUGCAUGGAACAAGUUUGAUAAGGGUUAUCAUAUGGCAGUCUCUUUCCUGAGCUGGAAUACAGUAUAGGCUAAGUAAACCUUACUUUCUUAAUAUUGUGCACAGAUUCCAAACGACCAACUUAAAGAGACACAUAGAAGUUAGUGAUGUAGCAUGGCAAUGAUUACACCAUAUUUGGAACACACACUCUCUCUCUCUCUCUCUCUCUCUCUCUCUCUCUCUCUCUCUCUCUCUCUCUCUCUCUCUCUCUCUCUCUCUCUCUCUCUCUCUCUCUCUCUCUCUCUCUCUCUCUCUCUCUCUCUCUCUCUCUCUCAUAGUUUUCAGCAUUAGACACAACAGUCAAGAGAGCUUCGAUUCAAAUCUCAGGCAGGACAGAGACUAUGUAGGCUUGUUUCCUUUUAUGGUGUAGUCUUUCAGAAAGAGACUAAGAGAGAGAGAAACUUUUCAUUUAUUUGAAAAAAUAAUGUUUUGUAAUUUUACUGUUUGCUUCUUUUUUCCUUGUUAUGUGAGGAAGGGCUGGUUAUAUAUAUAAAACAAGAUUGCAUGCACAUGUCUACAUAAAACAAUAUAAUAUUUUGUAUCUGUAUUUUCUAAAUCAUAUAUUUUAUUUUGAAAAGUUCUAUAAUGUGAGGAAGAAAUAGCUAUGUAUAGAUGUUAAAACUCCACUCUUGCAUUGAGGCAAUUUCACAUAAGGGAAGUACAUACCAAAAUUAUUAUACCAAUAAAAUCUAUUUGCAUAAAA